AUGCCGCAGCACGCCUUGUCACACGGCGCUGAAGUAGCCAUCAAGGAACACUUGUGUCCUUGGCUCGCUCAGAACGUGUCUCUUUCUUUCCCUCCAUGCGUCGGCAUCACUUUCCUUUUCGUCCUGGCAAACCUCACCAUGGCAACGUUCACGGAUGCCGGCGUGCUGCCAAGGGCUAACGAGGAUGAAGAUAAAAACGACGACAGUGCUCCGCUUCAUAAGGACGUAUAGGUCCGAGGAAUCCAGCUUCAGAUGAAGUUGUGCAACUUUUACAGACCCCCUCGCUGCUCUCACUGUAGUGCGUCUGACCAUUGUGUCAAGCUGAGUGGCCUUGGUGACUUUGACCAUCACUGCCCUUGGGUGAACAACUGCAUCGGGAGACGGAACUACCGAUUAUUCUUCCUCCUCCUGAUGUCUCUCAGCGUGCACAUGUUGGCCAUUUUCUCCGAGGGUCUCUUUUAUGUACUGGACCACCUGGAAACCCUGUGGGAGCUGAAUGCGACUGUCACGACAUCACUGGGUCAGUCUGCCCAUUUGUUUGUCAUCCCCGUUAUGGGAAUGUCAUGCUUCCAUUUGGUCCUAGUGGCGACAGGACGAAUCACAAACGAACAGGUGACUAGGAAAUUCCAAGGACGAGUGAACCCUUUUAGACGUGGCUGCUGUGGCAAUGUAGAGUUUGUUCCCAUUACUCCAAGGUACAACGCUGAAUUUGGGAAACAAGCUGUUCAUAUAUACAGUACUGUACAGCCACCAUUCCAAACACCAGGGACCAUCGACACGUCACCCAUAAAAGUUGAUGACAAUGGGCUCCAAAGUGAAAUGUUCUCUUUAAAGCGCCAGUCUGCAGGAGAACUGGAUGUCCCUGAGUGUAAAACGCUGAACACGCCGCCGCCUGUGCCCCUCAAACCCGACCCAGUUCUGCUCAAGAGCCACCUGGCAACGUUGCAAUUCCUUGACCAAGACCAGAUGGAGUAUACACAGAAGCCCAAGCUCCUCAUAACUGGUUUUGCCCAGGAUCCAUUUUUCGAAUCUGGCAUGCUGCAAAAUCAGACUCCCAUCUCUACCCAGCUUUUCCUGCAGUCCAGAAGCACACUUCCUGUGAACUCAUUCAUCCUGAACUCCCGUUCACUCACUUUGAAACACGCCCGCCGCAGAGGAAACAGAACUCAUCAAUGUCCCGAUUCUGUCACAUCUUCCUCAACCCAGGGUAUCCUCAGCCUCUCCCAUGAGAGCCUCUUCAGCCCAGCACAGCGUGCGACCUUCAACAUGAACUAUCUGCCUCCUUUCCUUCCCAUAGAUCUGAUAGCUCUGGCUGUCAGGUGCCCGGCAGAUACUCAGCGUGCACCAUCCCGUACUUCCAGUCCUGGUUUCACCAGCAUGAGCAGGCAGUCUUUUGUGCACUACGACAGCCUUUCCAAAUCUGCCAUAAGUUCUAUCCAGGAAUGCCAUGAACUGGAGAAGCAGGAAAAGCAGCCACCUUCGCUCUCCAUUCACGAUAUGUCUGUCUACGACACGCCCAGUGGGUGCAGCCUGCCAUCUCGGAGGUCCACUCCAGCAGCUUAUGGCUCUCGAGAGUUCCUCAUGAGCAACGCAGCGUAUGGCCUCGCAUCCUCGCUCCAGCGUGCAUCCAGGACUUCCAGCUCGUCCAUGCAUGCCAACGUGGCCCUCAAGAGCCGAUCGCUCUCGCCCUCAGCGUGCUAUUCUCUGGAGCACCAUGCUCAGCACUCAAUUCCCAUGACAUGCCCGAUGCCCAGCUCCUCAUACACAGCGCAGAAAGCUCUGGCUUUACUCACUACCUCCGAGAGAAAAGACUCAGGUCCUUAA